UUUUACAAUUGCGUAGUUUGGGGAAAAAAUGUAUUUGACGAGAAAACUAUUAAAGAACAUACCAAUUCCAAAAUUUACACAAAAUCGGCUCAACCGAAGGAAUAAUAUGGCGGAACAGGACAGGGCAAUUUUUUAUUAUACUAAUUUAAUUUCCAUUCUCAUUACCACUCUACCCAUCGCUUAUCUUCUCAAGAAGAACUAUUGGAGUAGUGAGGACCAGAUGAAGAUGGACCAUGUAUUAAGUCACUUAUCACCUGAAUUAACCGAAUUCUCAAACAAACAACUAAAAUUUUAACCACACCAAUUUAAUUAUUUUUAAUCUUUUCACAUCCAUAUCUGUUAAAUGUUAUUUUUCGUACUAACAGAUUUGGGUCUCGAUCCCACGACCAACAG